AUGUCUAAAUGUGAUAUGAAGGAGGAUGUGUUUGGCCAGAUGCAAGCAUUGUCAAUGAAUGAUCUAACGGAGGAACUAGAUGGGAAUACAGAAAAAGUUUCCUCGCAUGAAGCUGGCACUCAGACCUUACCAACAAUUGUUAUUCCUGCAUGUGGGAGUUUUGAUGGAGGUUCUAUGAAAGAAAUGAUAGAAUUGCUUCCACUUGUGUUACAUAACCUUAAGGAAGUCGGGAAUGACGAUAUGUUUCUUAACUUCACACGAUUGGUUGCCUCAAAUUCAUUUCCCUUGGACAAUAUUGCGUUCAUGCUGUUUCUAGUGGUAUCGUGGUAUUCACUCUACAACACGGUACUGAUGAGAUACAGUGAGGUUACCAAACGUUUUUGGAGAAUUGGGCUAAAAUUGUUCAAAGGGAUAUUUUCGAAAUUCACGUCAGGCAUGAAAAACACUGGCACAGUGACAGAGGGAAAAGUCCCUAGUGGUGUGUAUCUUCCUAAUGAUUCAAAAAUAAACUUCGCAGUUCCUGAUAGGACUGUUCUGGACAGAAUGAAAGGUCCUCUUUAAAGCAACCAACUUGUACCUGGUUGCACUAUGCAAAUGCUGGACAUGAUUGCUAAAGCCGACCCAGAACAAGUUAACACUUACAAAAUGUGUGUUGAUGGAAAGAAAAUCAAUGCCUGUACGGGUGGAACGUUAGGGGAUGUUGAUUUAUGUGGUUUUGAAGAGCAUCCGACUCUCAUCGAAAAACAAUGUCAACUAUCACACGAAACUAGUAUUUUGGAAAGUUGUGAAGAAUUUGUUAAUAGAAUGGAAAUUCGUGGAUUAGAACAGGUUACCGAAUGUUCAGACGAGCAAAAAGAGAAGUUCAAGUCGUUGAGUCACGAUGUCAUUAGGAUUUGCAGUGGUCACAAUGUAACAAUACAUCACACUUAUAUUGUUGACCUUAACCAGCAGGAAAACUAUGUUUGUUUAGUUAACGAGGACAGUGGUACUGUGUUUGACAUGUCUUCGUCUGACAAUAGUUUGGUCAAACAGCGAUCUUCCACUUGGCACAACAACCGCAAACAGGCUCAGGUUACCGGCAGUACUUGUCACGCUGCUGCUGGUUUGGAUACACUGAAAGAACAACAGAGUCACUACCGCAAAGUCUAUGAAUGUAUGCCAGAACCUGAACCGUCUGCUGAAACAAAGGUGAAGAUGCAGCAUGGUGCUGACAACGAGGUACAUUGUGUUGCUACGUUGGUGGGUAAAGUGCUGCCUGUGUUCUUUAGCUCUGCUUCAUAUGUAGAAGAGGGUUGCUAUGUUCUCGACAGAGAAGACGUGAACUUUGUAGUCAGCCCAGAUGGUAGUUGCAGGAGGCGAGUCAAUGGGGAUGUAGGUCCUCCUGAAUGUGGAAUAGAAAUAAAGUGCCCCUAUCCGGGAAAUGUUUUUACAACACCUGUACAGUACAAACUACCAUUUUACUAUGUAAUCCAGGUCUUGAGCGAAAUGGUAGCUUUGAAUGUAGACAAACUGCUAUUUCUGUCCUAUUCCAAAGAAAGCACUUCUGUAUUUGAAGCCCACUUCGAUAGACCAUUAUGGGAUAUGAUAAUCCAACUUGUAUCAGACUUGUAUUCAAAUUCAGAAACACACCCACUUCCAAAACGAUUGCAUGAUCUGCUAAAAACGGCGUACAAUUUGAGCAGACACCGUGCCAAUGAGGUUUUAGUGUUCCUACUUUCUGAUCGUGAUAGACUUGCAGGCCCGGAGAAGAAACAUUCUGUACCUGUUGGGUAUGCCUUCAAAGGAUACAAUAUGAAAACAAACUGUAUGCGGAGGAUGAUAGAACAUGUUCUUGACAAUUGCUUUUCAAGGGGAUUGUAUGUACCAUGCAUAUCCUUUGCAUAUCCUUUGACGGUCAGUGCCCAUGUAUCAUCACUGCUGUCGACUGCCAACAAGAACAAUGUAGACUUACCCGAUAAGAUAUCCACACAAUCUACUGCUGCAGAUGCAAUCUUUCCCACAGUAGAUCACGUCAUCAGCUCUAUUCCACCUAAUGAUUCCCUGAACGUGGAUGCAAUUAUGAUUCAGACCAUAUCAGAUAUGGCAGAUCUGUUCAAUGAGCAUAGUGAAACGAUGGAGACGCAGUCUAAAUCAUCCAGACGGAGUCGUUUUGAUUCAUCCGUUGAAUGCGUGCAGUAUAUCUUCAACGAAGAAACAGACCAUAAGUCAGUAAAUGCGUUUGUGGAUGCAGAAGACAUGGAUGUCAUGUCAGAGCAUGGUCAGGAAUUUGGCCAGGUAAAUAACCAGGACGAUGGUCAGGACAUUAGCCAGGACAAUGGACAGGACAUUAGCCAGGACGAUGGUCAGGACAUUAGCCAGGACAAUGGACAGGACAUUAGCCAGGACAAUGGUCAGGACAUUAGCCAGGACAAUGGACAGGACAUUAGCCAGGACAAUGGUCAGGACAUUAGCCAGGACAAUGGUCAGGACAUUAGCCAGGACGAUGGUCAGGACAUUAGCCAGGACAAUGGACAGGACAUUAGCCAGGACAAUGGUAGAGAUGUACUUAGGACAUUAGCCAGGACAAUGGACAGGACAUUAGCCAGGACAAUGGUCAGGACAUUAGCCAGGACAAUGGUCAGGACAUUAGCCAGGACAAUGGUCAGGACAUUAGCCAGGACAAUGGACAGGACAUUAGCCAGGACAAUGGUCAGGACAUUAGCCAGGACAAUGGUCAGGACAUUAGCCAGGACAAUGGACAGGAACAUGGAGAAGAAGAGGUGUUGUAAAACAGGUAUACCAGAAGCUGGAAUCAACAGAUCUGCAUGGUUGAAAGUUGCUGCAGAAAGCAAGACGAAUAACAGCAAUCUCAGCAUGGCUCUUGUCGAUGACCUUAUUGACAAACAAUCAAAUGCAUUUGCACAGCAAACAUUCUCUGAAACUGUAGAGGAUGUCAUGCUCAAGGAUAAUGACAUAAAGGAAGCCGAGUUUUGCCGACUCAUACGUCAUUGGUAUGAGGCAGAGGACCAACCUGGAAUAAGUGCCAGAGAACGAUGCAGUCAGCCAUUGCCUGUGAGAAAACAUCACCGUGUGGAUGAAAGCAAAAUCCUACCAAAUGUCAGAUAUGGACUUCCAUUAGAUGAAAAAAUAAAUUAUACAGAUGAUAAAUGUAUGACAAAUGAAUCCCACAAUAUAUUUGCAGAUGCAAGUUUAUUUGAAACCAGUAACCCUUUUGAAAGAGGACAAGACAUUGACAACUGUACGGGCAAGUUCUACAACUGA